ACAGCAUGUCACGUCUCUCCCACCGACGGGAAACCUCGUUGCUCUUAGGGCGAAUCGGCUGUCGGUUCAGCCUCCGCUAGGACCACAACAAAGGACCGCACGCAGAAAAGCGAGAUGGGCCUAUGUCUUUGAUGUAUUUCUUGAUUUGUUAAAUUUGGAAGCAUGUAUCGAGACAGCGGAGUUAAGAUGCUCGGUUUGAUCAUUUCACGAACGGACAGGUCGAGCGAUAGCGGGAGGAUGUUAUUGUUGUGCUUCUCCCGGAAGAUGGACGAGACAUAUUGGGGCUGAGCGAGUGGCGGGCGAGGUUCCACAUUACGGGGCGGGGAGAAGAAACGUCGGAACCGCCGUGGGCUGUUUGAGAUGCUAAACGCGUCCCGUGGAAUUCAUAUCUGUGCUGUGCAGCGCAAAGCCCUCAACAAGGAGAGUCACCAAGCUCUCGGAACCGAGCGCCGCACCUUGGAGUCCGCAUGCUGCUUUCGCCAUGUCCCAUUUGAGCUGACCGUGGUGCUGAACGGAACACUCAGUUCCCCCCCCCGAGCAACACGCGUUGACCUUUUUUUUUUUUUUUUUUUUUUUUCCCCCAGGGUGGGAAGUCACCCUCCAGAAUGACCCCAAUAGCUGGCCGAAGACACGCAUGAACAAUUCGAGUCAGCCACACGCAAGUCACUUUCAUGGCCGUGGCACGCAAAAUCAAAACUUUGCUGACCGUCAACAUUCUCGUGUUUGUGGGGAUCAUCCUGUUCUCGGUCUACUGCAGGAUCCAGGACCGAUCCGAGGAGUUCGUCCAGAUCGGACGCGCUUCUGACCAGAGGCUGCGCGCCAGACAUGGUAAAGUUACCAACUUGCUGGACAGGCAGUCUAUUCUCCAGCGGCUAGAAAGGCUGGAGGAUGUCGUCUACAAUCAGCUAAACGGUUUAGCAAAGCCCAUUGGGUUGGUGGAGGGUCCCGGAGGACUCGGUCAGGGGGGAGCUGCCGCCUCACUUGGAGAGGACAGCCGCGACGCCGAGGGGAAGUAUGAAGAGUACGGCUACAAUGCUCAGCUCAGUGACAGGAUCAGCCUAGACAGGAAUAUCCCAGACUACAGGCCUAAAAAGUGCAAGCAGCUGACGUAUCCUGAGGACCUUCCUCAGAUCUCCGUGGUCUUUAUCUUCGUGAAUGAGGCUCUGUCAGUGAUACUGCGCUCUGUCCACAGUGUGGUCAACCACACACCAGCUCACCUGCUCAAGGAGAUCAUCCUGGUGGAUGACAACAGCGACAGUGUGGAGCUGAAAUUCAACUUGGAUCAGUAUGUGAACAAACGUUACCCGGGUCUGGUCAAGAUCGUGAGGAACAGCAAAAGGGAGGGUCUGAUCCGAGCCAGAAUACAUGGCUGGAACGCAGCCACAGCUCCUGUUGUUGGUUUCUUUGAUGCCCAUGUCGAGUUCAACAUUGGCUGGGCUGAACCUAUUCUAACCCGAAUGAAAGAGGAUCACACCCGUAUCAUUUUGCCCGCUAUAGACAACAUCAAAUACAACACAUUUGAGGUGCAGCAGUAUGCCAAUGCCGCCCACGGCUACAACUGGGGGCUGUGGUGUAUGUACAUCAUCCCUCCACAGGAGUGGCUGGACAAGGGUGACGAGACAGCCCCUAUCAGAACCCCCGCUAUGAUUGGCUGCUCUUUUGUGGUAGAUCGUGAAUACUUUGGAGAGAUUGGUCUGCUGGAUCCUGGUAUGGAGGUCUAUGGAGGGGAGAACAUCGAGCUUGGCAUGAGGGUGUGGCAAUGUGGUGGCAGUAUGGAAGUCCUGCCGUGCGCAAGAGUGGCUCACAUCGAGCGCACCAAAAAGCCCUACAACAAUGACAUUGAUUACUAUGCCAAGCGCAAUGCCCUGCGAGCCGCCGAGGUGUGGAUGGACGAAUACAAAUCUCACGUCUACAUGGCCUGGAACAUUCCCGUAAAUAACCCAGGGGUUGAUUUUGGCGAUGUUUCUGAGCGCUUGGCUUUAAGGAAAAGACUGCAUUGUCAAAGUUUUCGCUGGUACCUUGAACAUGUCUACCCUGAGAUGCGGAUCUACAACAACACCAUCACAUAUGGCGAGGUGAGGAACAGCAAAGCAAGUGGCUACUGUCUGGACCAGGGCUCUGAAGAUGAUGACAAAGCAAUCCUCUAUCCAUGCCAUGGCAUGUCCUCACAGCUUGCCCGCUACACUACUGAUGGAGUUUUACAGCUUGGACCCCUGGGGUCGACCACCUUCCUGCCUGACACAAAAUGCCUUGUUGAUGACGGCAGAGGACGUAUUGCCAGUUUGAAAAAAUGUGAAGCUGUUGCCAGGAUCUCCCAGCGGCUUUGGGAUUUCACACAGAACGGUCCAAUCAUCAGCAGGGACACAGGUCGUUGCUUGGAAGUGGAAAUGUCAAAAGAUGCCAACUUUGGCCUUCGUCUCGUGGUGCAGAGAUGCUCAGGUCAGAAGUGGAUCAUACGAAACUGGAUUAAGCAUCCCAGACACUAAAGCCAUGGGAAACCCUCUGAGACAUUUUAGAUCAUUUUUCACAGUUGGAAAUUGGAAGGUGGGGUAUGACACCAGUACACUGUUGGGCUUCUUUCAGGCCACAGAGCUUUCCAACUCCUAGACGUCUCUGUGACUUUGUGGUUUAAAAAACAACAACAACAAAAACAACACAUUUCUGACCUGGAUAGAGAGGUGUACAAUAACAGACGAGUGCAACUUAAAAUGAUUUUCUUUCUAUUGUAAAUCUAUCUGUUUCAUCUUUGUAGAUGAAUAUGAGCGUGUGCAAGUGUGUACUAUUUUGAUGAGAAUCUGAGCAAUUCAAAUAAUAUCAGAGUUGUAAAUUGUAAUUUACCACAUUAAAUGAUUAUUGUGAGGUUCUGAAAAUUGCCUCUGAUGUAUUGCGCUAACCUGGUUACUAUAUAACAGGCUUUAAAGGAGCUGUUUAUUAUCUCAUCAGGGGCCACGGUAUUUCAUCUGCAGUGACACAAACUAGAAUACCUAGUUUUGUUUUAACAGUAUUGCUCACUGUGAGACAGAGCAAUCAUGUGCCUUUUUUUUU